AUGAUAUUUAAAAUAUUGCCCAUAUUCUGCCUCCUCUUGGCCACGUCACAGGCCGGUGUAAUUCUGGGUAAGGAUGGUCUACUUCAUAAAGCAGCCAACACCAUUGGACUCUCCAACGUGUUUAAUGUGGGCGCUGACGCACGAGUCAAUCUUCUAGGCAAUGAAGUCGGAAUCGAUGGAGCUGUAGGAAUCGGCGAGUCAGGAAUCGGAGCUCAUGCUUCAGCGGAUGCAGAUAUUCUUGGACAAAAAGCCAAAGUACACGCUGAUGUUCUAGAUGGACACAAGAUCGAUCAACACAACCACGAAGUUUUCAAGGAUAGUAACAACCGCCAAUAUGUCUUGCAAAGGCAGUACAUUGGUUCUCAGUCAGUUCUUGUAAGAAAGUAUUUAGAUAACGGACAGAUCUACCUUGAUGGAGCUAACGAUGAUAACGUCUUACAACACAAACAAGUCGAUGAAUCCAAAGUCUAUGACAACAAAGGUGGUUGGUGGGAUGUACAGACUAAAAGAUACUAUAACCGCUUUGGAGAAUGGGUAAAAGGCAGAGUCUGGGAUCCUAGAAUUUUAAACCAUAUUAGUUAUGUUGAACCUGAAGCAGCCGUUGAUGACAGGUAUCCAACUGGAGGUUGGCAAAAAGAUGGUAACUACGUAGAAAUAUAUCCUAUGCACUCAAGUCACCAAAAAGAAGUCAAUGGAGGUUGGCAAAAAGAUGGUAGCUACAUAGCAGUAGAUCCUGUACACCCAAAUUACCAAAAUGAAGUUAUUGGAGGUUGGCAAGAAGAUGGAUCCUAUAUCGCUGUAGACCCUGUACAUUCUAGCCAAAGAGAAGAAUAUUUAACGAGUGUCCCCAAAAGAGCUAAACGCGAGGAGGAGUACGUAUUGUUGUUUCCACAACAUUAAGGCCUUCUGCUUUAAUCUUGACACAUUUAUAAUUUCUUAAAGUAAUUUUGUAACUUUAACAUAUUAAAAUUGUGAUUUAAAUGAAAUAAAGGUAGUG